AUGUGCUCAUCUGGGCGCAUCUGCCCAUUGCGCAAUGUUCCCAAAAAGCCUGAGUCCAAGCGAGGCGACAGGAGGGUGUGUGGCGAGGCGGGGGUGGGGUGGUGGGGUCCCGUGGUGCCACAAUGUGUGCCUCUUGCUCGGGCUCCCGCUGUAGCCCCGCCCACUUCUCUGGAGACCUGCCAAGCUCCGAAGGGUUGGCUGGCCCACGUGCGCCACAGAAAAAGCUCGCCAUUACACCCAACCCAACCCUCUUCUCCCCAUGACGAUUGA